CGUCUUGGCAAAAGCAUUCCUAGCCGCGUUUUGCAUGCCGGCAUCAAACCAUUGCUUUCCCCAGAGUCGCUUUUCCUACGUUUGAGCAGCUUUCUGUUGCUAAAAGUUGAGUUUAUUCCAAUCGGCGUGUACAACUCUAUACAUUCUUCUGUUAUCCGUAGUUUGAUCAUCGGAAAAGGGUGUCAAUAAUGGCCGAAAUGUACCGGGAGGUGCCCCUAUUUCAGCAAGGCAUUGCAGCUGGUGGGAAAAAAGCGAAAACGAUCAACAUUUCAUCAGCCGGUGGGUACCAUGCGAUGCUGGUGGAUUCAAAAACAUCGGAAAUAGCUGGUGGAUUUCGAGUGGAUCACUUCAUCAAGGAUGUUCCCAUUCUUAAACGUUUCAUUUACUGGCGAACAUUCAGAGAAUCAAUCUUUUUAACCGAAACCUGUUUGGAUAGAAGCCAUGUUUGCUAUGAGUUAAAAAUAACGUUCGAAGGAAGUCCGAUACUGGCGGUGGAAUGUUACAAGUCAUCAAACUCGCCAUUGCUCCUGAUUUUCGUUACCACCACGUCCAUUCAUCGGGUAUCGUUUGAGAUGCCUUCAGCCAUGGACCAUCAAUUGUACACUGAGCAGGAUUCAAUUCUGCUCCAGAUAAACGAAAGCAUGAUAACGGAUCCCCUAUACUGCUACACGUUCAUAAACGACAUUGGUCAAGCCGUUCCAGUGGCCGCAACCAUUGCCAAUUCUAGCGAUAAUUUAGAAAGCAAAUUUGCCAUUGCAUGCACCAACUCUCUGUUCCUGCUAUCACUACGAAAGGAAAGGGAACGAAUGAUGGUGCAAUGUUCGGAGCUAGACCACAACCCCUUAACCUUUUCAAAACUGAUCCAUUCGAUAACGGAUUCUUGGCGUAAAAAAUCAUUCACCAGCCAGGUAGUGGCAAUGUCGUUUGACACGCACACGCUCGUAGAGAAUCAAUCGUUUCUCUACACCCUGCAUCGUAACGGUGCGUUGCGUGUUUGGCUGCUGGACGGACGGUGUCUGGCAUCGGAAUAUCUGUCCAAAUACACGCAGGGCAGCGAGACGGAGUUUCACACAUGUAUCUUGCGGAGCUCCCAAUCGUUGGUGGCCCUUUACUUUUCGUUUCAAACAUUCUCCGAGUUUGUAAUAAUACGACCGGACGUGUCGGUGGAUUCGGCUGGUGGAACGAUCUCAGCUGUAAUCCUCAAAAAGAUGUGCACCGUCCUAGCGCCAAACUACGAUCUGAUUGAUUUCAAGCUCUGCGAUAAACGCCUGUGGACUUUAUGGUGCAAUGCGGAAGGUGAAUCGCAGGCACUGGUGUACGAGCUAAGCCCGAACGAUUAUGGUGACACUUUGCAGAACAACGUGUGGUCACCAAUCAUUCUGGAAAACAUUAGCGACAAAGAACAUUCGGCGCUGGAAGUUGGUGUCGAUCUGAAGGAUGUGUACUGCAAUCGCAUUUUUCAGUCAGGCUGUUUUCCCGACAAAGUUAUUAGAAAAUCGCUCACGAUGUUUAAUCGUAAUACGGCCAGCAUACCGACGAGCACCGGUGCUGUCAACUACAAUAUGCUACGCUUGAAAAGAUACGCACUGACGUGCAUUGAAAGCCAACUUCAGCAAGAGUGCACCACUAUGAGACAGAACGGCCCGCUGGAUAAUGACCAGAUACAGGAAAUAUCGAAUGGGCUGUGGGAAAAAUUGUACCUCUACUGCGUCCAGUAUCGGUACGAAUCUUCGCGCCCCAUUGGACUCUUCAUCUGUGAAGGAAUGCACAGGCAAACGUCGCACUACACAUUUGGCAUUAUAAGGAAGAAAAAUGUCAGCUUCUUCCGCGUUUGUGACGAGCUGGAAGUUGCUUUCAAUUCUCCGACAUGUUACGACCAAUAUGCGCCGAACGUGGCACUGCUCAAGAACGGUGCCCCCAGAGCUAAUCAGGAUAUGAUGGUGCUUGUUACGUUUUUGGGCGAAAUAGAGCAAACGCUUACGGCAGAGCAGAGGCAUAAGCUGGACAGUUUCCUGCAUCAGCGCCGGGAAGGUGAGGCGAGCGAUAUUUAUUUGUCGUUCAUCGGAGCUACUCAAAAUCAACUGCUGGUUCAUAACUUGCUGCCGGCCUUUUUGCAACGUGUUUCCGAUCUACCGCAAGCGAUCGAAGCAUUGCUGCAGUACGUCACACCGUUGAACAGGGCACCUUACCCGUCCACGGAACAGGACGAACCGACUGUCUACAGCAAUUUCGAGCUGACCAGUGAAGUGGCACUGACAACGGCAAAACAGCUGAUACAGUUGCGGUACCUGCUGCUGCGCAAUCUGCUGCUGCUGCAAUACAUGAUUCAAAGUCACUGCAACUUUCACUACCAUAUCCUCGAUGCCAUCCAGUCCACCAUUCGGUCGGAUACGGAAAAUCUGCUGCGCUGCUAUCACGUCAUGAACUGGAUCGCCCAGACGCGCCUAGACAUCGAUUGGACACGAUGCAACAAAAUAGCUGUUAUGCUCCCGCUGAACAUUCGUGCUUCGUUGACGUUGCUUCAGGCGUACGCUAUUUCUCAAAUCAAUGAGGACAUUGCAUUGGGGCGAAGCAACUUGUCGUCAUCUAGAGCACCGGAAACCGUGGCCGCUUUGUCUCUACUACAAAAAGCCAACACCAUCAUUGCUUUCAUAUGUCCCUCAAGCGACGAUUUCCUAUUCGGAGAAUGGCUUUCGCAGAAUGAUUUGCAUGUGCAUAUUGAUGAGUACGUUCGUUUGUUAAGCAAUUGGUGCGAGUGGAACAGUUGCUCCAGAAACUUCAUCAAGGCUAAAUCUUGCCUCGCGCUUGGCGACACAUUCAAAGCGCUCGAUCUUUUCCCGCUCUCCCUAAAAGGGAUCCAGACGGAGCGUAUAUUGAAAAAAUUCUUGUGCCAAGAUGAAAACAAGCCCAGCACAUCGCAAUACGCAACGCUUACAGCCUUUUAUCUGAAGCUCAUUCGUCUCUUCCAAGCGGACGGAGCUUACGACGGUGUGUUGAAAUUGGUGCACUCUGGAAUUGACAACACGAUUGAUCCCAUACAAAAGACCAUGUUCCAGAGUAUCGAAUUUAGCUGCCACAUUGAACUGGGCCACUACGAAGAAGCGUACAACGCGCUUAUCAAGAAUCACGAACCUGCACGCAAAAAAGAUUGCUUGCGGCAGUUGAUAUGUUUGCUGUUUUCGGUGCGCCGUUUGGACAUUCUGCUGGACCUACCGUACUAUGGGCUGGAGGAAGAGUUUACCAACAUUGUUGGCAUGACUGCACGGUCGGCGGACAUUGCCGAUUGCCUGCAGUACAACUUUUUGUACUCAUUUCACGUAAACAAAAUGAACCUGCGUAAAGCUGCCAUCAUAGCUUACGAAGAGGGAAUGCGCAACUUUUUAGAGUGCAACAGCCUGAAUCAUCUGAACAGAUACUAUUGCUGCCUGAUGAAAUGUUUAAAUUCGCUUUCUGUCAUCAAGGAAUCGUACGCGUGGAUAGUACAUCCGAUCAUAGAGCAGGGCGAGAUGCCCACCAUCAUCAAAGACGACACAAUUGACAUAGUGGAUAAGAAAAGGCUUCAGGAACAGCUGAUAACUACACACUGCGCCCUCCAGCUUUCCAUGUACAACGAUGGCUUCAAGCUGGUUACGUCGCUCGAUGCGAUGAAUCUGAUUUCGCUCAUGGUGAAGCGUAAAUUGUAUCGCUCGGCAUUGAAAUUGGCGCGGUGCCGCAUGCCAUCCAUGGUGCCCACCGUUUACGAGCAUUUAACCAGCUCCUGCAUUACAGCAUCGUCCGCUACCAAAGCGCUUGGCACGAGCGCCGAUAGCGCGACGGACGGUGGCUUACCUUGGUUGAGUGAUAAUUGCAUUUCCGAUCUAGUAGUCGUGCCCGAUAGUACUGCAACGGCGUGGAACUAUUUACGUUACACGUUAGAGCAGGAAAAUGAUGAACUCGUGAGUGACGCUUAUUUGGCAGUGUUUAAUCGCAUCCUGUCGCGCAGUGCGUAUAUUCCUACCUGGUUGAAGAAGUGGUGUUUCGAACAUAUUCCUACCCAAUUCAUUCGUGCUUAUCUACGCCACGGUCGCCUGGAGGAAGCGUACGAGUAUACACUCGAAUUGUUCCGGGCUAGAUUCUUCAGCGCCGGAAGAUUCAAUCACCACACCAUAUUUCCCCUAUCGCUGUGUGAGUAUCUCGUGUACGAACUCGAGUCGUCAGCCACGCACAGUAAGGAAAAGCAACACAUUGAACAUUACCUGCGGAUCAUUGAAGUGGCUCUUUAAAAAACUCCUUCUUUUCUUGUGUGGUUAGGUAAUUAGUAACGUUAAAAUGAUUAACAUGAUGAUUGGUAAUAAAAGCACUUGUGCGUUAAUUCUACGUGAA